GCUGCUUGUGGACGCCCUAACAGCGCGACGGCCACUGGGCUAUGAGACGCUGCGUUACUGCGGAGUCGGGCAGGACGAGCACUGUGCCGCCAAUCGGAAGCGCUAACGUUCUGUUGCUAGGUGGCGGAGGAGCAAAGGAGGGUGCUGGGGUGCUGCUCGGCGCUGCCUCAGGGGCAUUGAAGAUGUGCAUCUGAGAUGACUCUUCAGGAACUGGUGAAUCAGGCAGCAAGCCUUUACUCUGAUAGAAAAGCAGUUUGGUUUGAUGAGUGCAAUGGCAAAUCUCCAGCUUCCUACACGUAUGCGACGGUGGUUAAGCUGGCCGUGGAAUUAACAACUUUCCUUCAAAAGCACUGUGAUCAGCAAGGAAAAUGUGAAAUAGGCCUUUACUGCUAUCCAGGAAUAAACUUACCAUCUUGGAUCUUAGGAAUCCUGCAAGUUCCAGCUGCCUAUUCUCCUAUUGAUCCAGAUGCACCACCAAUGUUAUCCACUUACUUCAUGAAGAAAAGCAAUCUUCAGUAUGUCCUCGUUGAGAAUGACAAAAUAAAUAAAUUCCGGAUGUCCCAUGUUAGUUAUUUUAACCACAAUUCUUCCACAAUAGAACAUAUUGGUUUAACUCUCUUCCAAAUGAGCUCGAGCAACACUGGUUUAAAUUCACAAGUAGACAAUGUGACAAGUAAAUGUGAACCUUCCAAAGCUAUGGCUAACUUGCAGCCAGGAUAUACUAUUCACCCAGAUCAAACCGAAGUAAAAACAUCGGAAGGAACAUACAUGGAUGUUGGCCAGAAGCGCUCUUUAGCGUAUGUCUUGCACACAUCAGGAACUACAGGGAUCCCCAAAAUAGUCAGAGUGCCUCAUAAAUGUAUAGUGCCAAAUAUUCAACAUCUUAAAUCCAUAUUUGAGAUCACACGGGAUGAUUUGCUAUUCCUGGCUUCUCCGCUGACAUUUGACCCAUCUGUGGUUGAAUUGUUUGUUGCUCUGACAAGUGGAGCCUCUAUUCUUAUAGUACCAAACACUAUUAAAAUGGUGCCUGUGGAGCUGUCUGCUGCUCUGUUUCACCAUCACCAUGUGACAGUUUUGCAGGCAACACCAACACUUCUCAGAAGGUUUGGAGCUCACAUUAUUAAAUCAACAGUGUUGUCUGCAAAUACUUCACUUCGUGUCCUAGCCCUUGGUGGCGAAGCAUUUCCCGUAGUGAAUCUCGUGAAAAGUUGGAAGCAUAAGGAGAACAAAACAAGUAUUUUUAAUCUGUAUGGUAUUACUGAAGUGUCGAGCUGGGCCACUUGCUACAAGAUUCCUGAAGAGGUUUUUACUGAUGAUUUUAGAACUGAUUUCCAUAUUCAUUUGGGAUCACCGCUCCUUGGAACAAAAGUUGAGGUCAGAGAUGCCAAUGGUUCUGCAGUUCUGGAAGGCGAGGGACAAAUAUUUAUAGGUGGUGAAGAACGAAUCUGCUUUCUUGAUGAUGAAGUAACUGUACCCCUGGGCACAAUGAGAGAAACAGGGGAUUUUGUAAGAGUGCAGAAUGCAAAGUUUUUCUUCUUGGGCCGGAAAGACAAUCAGAUUAAACGUCACGGCAAACGUUUUAAUAUUGAAUGUUUGCAGCAGGCUGCUGAAGAUCUUUGUCAGGUAGAAGCUUGUGCAGUGACCUGGUAUCAGCAGGAAAAACUUAUUCUGUUUGUUGUACCCAAAGAUGAUUUAGAAGAGAAAGAAGUAGUUAAAGAACUCCAGAAAUGUCUACCAGCUUACGCAGUCCCUGAUGAGCUUGUCCUGAUUAAAGCUUUGCCUUUAACAUCACAUGUCGUUCCUGUUGCAGUCCGCAACAGAACCCUGACUUCAGCCAGGGAAAGAUCAGAUCUUGAAGGCAAAGUUGAUAUAUCUGAACUGAACAAGAUUUACCAGAACCAUCUAAACUCCAGAAGGCGUGACAGUAAGCUGAGUGGCGCAGAGGAAUUGUGGGAAAGAUUGCAGUAUUUAUGGAAGUCUGCUCUGGGUCUUCUAGGUGAUUCCCCUGGAAUUUCUAAAGAUGCGGUAUUUCUGCACAGUGGUGGAGACUCCUUAAAGGCUCUACGAUUUUAUGAUGAAAUUGAGAUGCUGGUAGGCAAAGUGGUGCCUGGACUCCUUGAAGUUAUUCUCAGUCACUCGAUUGAAGAGGUUUAUAGACAUAUUCUUAAAAUUCUGUUUCCAGAUGAAGACCAAUUAAUGACUUAUGACAAUGCUGUGAAAAGAAAAUUAAGUGGGAACAGUGGAGAGGAAUUCCAUGGAAAAUAUAUUAAACUGAAAUCUGAAAGAGGUCUUGAGGUUACUUCAGGGUUAAUUUCGUUUAUUGCACUAAGCAGAGGAAAUCAUUUUUUUCCUAUGAAUUUCACCAAGACUUUUAUGCAACCCAAUAAUACGGUACAGGUGGGAGUGGAACUGCUGCAGCAACCAUCCUUUCUGCAUUUAGUGACUCCAGGUAUAAUGAAAAGCCAUGCACAAGGGUAUGAAAUGGAGGACAGUAUCUUAACAGUUACAAACAAGGCAAAUAAAACUGACUGUGGCUCUGUACAGGAUAUCCAUGCAGAGUGUAGUCAUGUAACAACGGCGGAGUUGGCAUUAUGCAUAAGGUGGAAGUCAAAUACAAGAAAAUGUGUUGAUGCAUCACCACUGGUUAUAAUACCAUCUAAUGAAGAAGUAUCUGCAUCUGUAUAUGUUGGCUCUCACUCUCAUGCAAUGCAGGCGAUUGAUCUAGAUUUGGGAGAAAUAAAAUGGGAGAAGAACCUUGGAGAUCGUAUUGAAUCUUCUGCCUGCAUAUCUAAGUGUGGAAAUUUCAUAGUUGUUGGUUGUUACGAUGGCUUAGUGUAUGUGCUUCAAAGCAGUGAUGGAGAAAUACACUGGACUUUUGUCACAGAAGAUUCUGUGAAAAGCUCUGCAGUUGUAGACCCUUCCAGUGGACUAGUCUACAUAGGAUCGCAUGACCAACAUGUGUAUUCUUUGGAUAUUUAUAAAAAGGCAUGUAUGUGGAAGUUACAUUGCGAAGGUGGAGCCGUGUUUUCAUCUCCUUGUUUAAGUUCUUUACCACAUCAUCUUUAUGUUGCUACACUAGGAGGACUAUUACUGGCUGUAAACCCAGUGAUGGGGAGUAAGAUUUGGAAAAGCUUCCUGAGAAAACCACUCUUCUCCUCUCCUCACUGCAAUGAGAAGUACGUUUGCGUUGGGUGUGUGGAUGGAAACUUAUAUUGUUACAGUCAUUCUGGAGAAAAGGUUUGGCAGUUUUCCACUAAUGGACCGGUGUUUUCAUCUCCAUGCAUCUCAAGUUUAACUAAGCAAGAAAUAUUUUUUGGCUCCCAUGAUUGCUUUAUCUACUGUUGUAACAUGGAGGGUAAUUUACUGUGGAAAUUUAAAGCCUCUUCAAGUGUAUAUGGAACACCAUUUGUUUUCCAAAGCGAUGACUUAAAGAACAAAAUUCUUUUGGCAGCAGUAUCUACAGAUGGCAAAGUGUGGAUCCUGAAUGCCAAGAGUGGAACAGCAGAAGGAGUAGCUAAGCUUCCAGGAGAGGUUUUCUCUUCCCCUGUUGUGUGGGGAACAAAGCUCGUUGUUGGCUGUAGAAAUGAUUAUGUUUAUUGCCUAGAUUUGUGUAUACCGGAAAAAAAGAACAGCUAAGGUAUUAGGCUGCUUCCUUUUUAUUGUUUACAUUGUAAACUAAGAACUCACAGGUCCUCUCUACCUCUCUCUCUAUUUUACUGAAGGCAAGAGGUGCUCUUUGCAGACUUCCUAGGUAGCAUUUUGCAGCAGGCAGUGUCCAGCAUAAGUAGCGCUCUACUGAUUGAACGAGGAUGGCUGCUCAGCACCAAGCCAGAAGUUUCACUGUCCCUCCCUGAUUUUCCAGCUACAGUUCAUGAAAUGACAUGUUUCAGAUGGUUUGGAUUUGAAUGUUGUGCUUUGGCCCGUGUAAUGAGAAAAAGAAAGUCAGUAGUUUGGCUUCAGCUUGCAGGGUUGAGAGAAACUGUGGUAAGGUGCCAUACUCUGCAGCUUGGAAUAACAUGCUGUCUCCCUGAGGGAGAAAUGUAUUCCUCUCUCUGAGUCCAGCCUAGCCUGUGCCCUGAGGUUCCUUCCUAGCCUGUGCCUGGCUUUUCCAUGCAUCAGACUGGUGUUUGUCUAGUCUGAUGAGGUUUCUGUGCUGUGGCAAGGUACCCCAACUCCUUUCUUGAAUCUUAACUUUUAACUUGAUUUCUGAAGACAUAGCCUGCAUUGCAUAUGCCUGGUAGUAGCAAUCUGGUUGCUACAGUGUGUUUAAACUGAAUAGUUCAUCUCUUGUGAGUCUAGGCCCUCCAUGGCUUCAAUUUAGUCAAGCAUAUACUGACACUCCGUUGAAGUCAGCAGGAGUUUCUUCUUAUAUUCUAAAGUAGAGAAUAUAUCUACAUGUGUAUAUUUAUUAAAUUUCAAUGACAGGUACAGUAUUGGUUCUAAGAUGAAGUGUGCAUUGCUCAAAUCAACCAUUGUCAAUUUUUUAAGAUAUUUGAAUGAAUGCUCGCUACAGUGUCUUGGCAGAGAACUAUUAAUAAAAGAUUAUGUAAAUUUGG